CGCAGAAAAAAGAGCAGCAGGAGCGGCUGGGGAAGCUUGUGGAGGCGGUCACAACCGAGAAAAUUCCAGGGUAUCUCCUUGGAAACAAUGGCAGCCUGACCACGAAAGUGCUUGACACCCGCGCAGCUGUUGUCGCAAAAAAUAAAGAUGGUCGCGGCGCGACUACUUCAACUUCUACUGGCGUUGCAAAUAAACGGAAUCAGAAGGACGGUGACCCCACCAAAGAAAGCUCUGCCGCCGCCGAGGACGACAAUAGUACCAUAUCCGAUGUGGAAAACUAUGUCAAUGGAAUCGUUGAGGAAUCCGUUCCUGCUGAUACACGUACACAUCCAACAUCGAGCAAAGGACUACAAAGCUCCUCGUCGGCCGUGUCAUCAAAUACGAAAACCAGGAGAAACAAGCAAAUCCAACUUCUGUCGGAGGCUUUUUCUGACCUCAAUCCUUUCUCGUCUGCCACGCAGCCCGAAAAGACCCUGUUUGACUUGCGCGAAAAGCACGAGUUCUUUAUGCGUGAGUACGAACUUUUCGCACAGAGAUCUACUACUACGACGGGUAAUAUUGAUGCGUCUUCGUCUUCCACCCCGCAGCUGGUGUCAAGACUGAAGGGUCAGAAAGCUCUCAAGGUCGCCCUCUACGUCGGGAAUGCGUUCGACGAGCUGUUAGUGGACGAAGAGUUGUAUCCACUGUAAAAGUAUCGUACUUGUACGUCGGUACAAUUUCCGGGACUAUGACAAAUCUAGUUUGUUACAAUCACCUAAAUCAGGAGGAUGAUCACAAAUGCUUCGUAGUUGUAUUUGUUCCUUCUCCUGCAAAAAUUCAAAUUUGUAAAAUGCAAUUUGUUGUACAUGUACUAGUACGGUACAAUACUUUUGCAAUCUGCAUAAGCUGCGGAGUACACGACCUACGACUUCAUCGCCAACAUCGCAACAGCCUCAGUUGCUGAAAAGGAAGGACAAGCCCGUCUCGACAUCACCAGGACCAUCAUCAAUUUCCGGAUCUACUUCUACUUCAGAAGUCACAUCAUCCUGUACCUGCGGUCCGGUGCAAUGGGAACAAGAAAUUUCUGCGUGUGAUUAUACUGAAAAUCUUCUUGUAAGCUCCUCUUGUGGUGAAGCAAGUAGAGCACCCGGCGGAGGUCUUCUUUGUUCUCCGAGGAACCAGCCAUUGUACGCGUUCGAGCGGAAGCUGACUUCCACUUCCCCCGACGAGGUUCUUGCAAAGUAUCCUGUGCAAAAGUAUCGUGCUCGUAGUAAUUGCAAUCAUGCGUUACAAAUUUUUUUCUCAACGCAAAUCCGCAUCACAAAUUUCAUUUCUCAUGCUGAGGCAUGAAUUUGUCAUGCAUUUAUACGAGUACGAUACUUUUGCAAUUCAUACGAAGGAGAGACAAACGAACUUCCUCGCGUUUGUCGCCCAGAUGGAGAUGGUUUACCGGACGCGCGGUCUGUUUUCCGAUGUGGAAGUGGUGUCCGCGAACCGUUUGCAAUUCCUGCACCGAUGCGACGUCGUGGUCAUCCUCAGUACCGAUAACUGGCCCAAAGUACAGCGGAUGCUCGCGACGAGAAGUAGUUUACCGCAGUUGAUCUUUGCCGUCGGGAGCCCAGUGAAAGAACAAGCGACUGCUGACUUCUUUUCAUCUGUCAGUGCUGGGAGCAUUAGCAGCAGUGGUCUUGACGCGGCCAAGCGGAGCCAAAUUUAUUUUUCCC